UCAAUGAGGUUCAGAAGAAUUGGAAGCGACCCGACGUUAUUAAGUUUUUAGAGGAAAAUAAAGUGAAGUUAGACCUUGAUGAUACUCACAUUCAAAUACUUAAAGAUAACCAUGUUUCCGGCCCAGCUUUCCUUAAGCUAACUCUAGAAAAACUUCUAGCCUCCCCUUAUAAACUUCCUG